CAUGACAAUUUCCGCCCUGUUAUUGAAGUACUGAAAUAAUGAACUGUUAUGGGUAGAAAACGUAAAAAUCGCUUUCUUCCGAGCUGAUAAUGUGUGUAUAUCAUUCAUAUAUCGAAAAGGGAUAUAGUACUGUGACCUAACAAAGCGACACCAAUGAAAAGAAUGGGGAAUUCCGAAAGCAGCCAUGAAUUGCAUCGGCCAGAACAACGAAAGGCCUCGAUGCCAAUCAGAUUACCGAUGCCAGAUACAUCCGAAUUGGAACGGCGCUUUACCAAAGUUUUGGCAUCAAUGGAUCUACCACCAGAUAAAGCAAGAGUACUUAAAAACUAUGAUGAUGAAAAGAAAUGGGAUCUGAUCUGUGACCAGGAACGUGUGCAUGCUAAGGAUCCUCCUCAUGUAUAUUUAGAUAAAUUACGGACAUACCUUGAUCCGAAGGCUACUAGAAGUUCUAGACAGAUAAUGUGUAUGACAUUACAAAAUGUGGUAACAUUUCCCCAAUGCACCAACAGUCGCAAGAUUUUGGGCGAUUCAACCUCAACUCAAGUGCUGCGAGAUCUGGAGAUCUCAUUACGAACCAAUCAUAUUGAAUGGGUUCGUGAAUUUUUAAGUGAAGAUAAUCAGGGGUUGGAUGUUUUAGUGGAUUAUUUGUCUUUUACACAAGUAGUUAUGAGGAAAGAACAACUGUUAAACAAAGAUAAAAGUGCUAGUUUGGACUCGGGGCUUACUAUUAGUCCUAAGAGUCCAAUUUCCCGUCUAAGACGUUCUAAUACUUUAGGAUCAGCCCGUGGGAUUAAAUACUCAAGUAAAUUAAAUAUGGGUGAAGCCCGGGAUGACGUCCAUGUUUGCAUAAUGUGUCUACGAGCCAUUAUGAAUCAUCAGUAUGGCUUUAAUCUUGUGAUAGCUCACAAACAUGCAAUAAACUGUAUAGCGUUAAGUUUAAACCAUAGAAGUUUAAGAACUAAAGCGUUAGUACUAGAGUUAUUAGCAGCUGUAUGUCUAGUUAGUGGUGGACAUGAAAUUAUUCUCUCAGCUUUUGAUAACUUUAAAGAGGUUUGUGGUGAAAGACAUAGGUUUGAAACAUUAAUGGAAUAUUUUAGAAAUUAUGAAGAAUUUCAUAUAGAUUUUAUGGUGGCCUGUAUGCAGUUUGUUAAUAUUGUGGUCCAUUCUGUUGAAAAUAUGAAUUUCCGUGUUCAUCUACAGUAUGAGUUUACUCAGAUAGGAUUAGAUGAUUAUUUAGAAAAAUUACGUCAAACAGAAAGUGAUAGAUUAGCGGUACAGGUACAUGCAUAUCUAGAUAAUAUGAUAGAUGUGGCAAACUUAUUAGAAGAUUCAGAAACAAAAACAGAAGCUUUAGAGAAAGUAGCUGAAUUAGAAGAUGAAAUCUCUCAUAUAAGUGAAAAGUUACAAGAAGUUGAAGAAGAAGCAAUGACUAAAACAGUUGAAUUAGAGAAACAAUUAUCAGAAGCUAAUAGAGAAUUGGAAGAAUUACAGCAAUUAACUAGCCAUCAAGAAUCAGAAAUGAAUACUUUACGCAAAACUUUGAGUGAAAAGGAUGAGGAGAAUUUAAAACGUCAAAGUUUAUUGGAUUCUAAACUUGUUGAAUUAGAACAGAUUAGACAAGGUGUUAUACCAGGUCCACCAGAGGGAUCAACAGCACCCCCACCUCCACCACCUGUAAUGGCUCCACCCCCUCCUCCCCCACCACCACCACCAGGUCCUUCAUCUGCCCCACCUCCACCACCUCCACCAAAUCCAGCCAUUCCAAAUAUGUCAGCAAUGACAAUAAAACGUAAAAUACAGACCAAAUAUCGAUUACCAAUAUUAAACUGGACUCCAUUAAAACCCCAACAAGUUAAAGGCACCAUCUUCUCAGAACUAGAUGAUGAAAAAUUAUAUUCUGUAAUUGAUUUUCUGGAAUUUGAAGAAAUUUUCCGACUAGGACCUGCUGGACCAAUGAGAACAUCCGAAAAUGGAACACCUAAAUUACUCAAAAAGAACAGAGUACCUCAAACUAUAUCUUUAUUAGAACCAAACAGAUUACGUAAUAUUGCAAUAACCAGAAGAAAAAUGGAUAUGGGUAAUGAUGAAAUUGUUAAAGCCAUUCAUGGGUUAGAUUUAAAGAGAAUAUCUCUAGAUAUGGUGGAUAUUUUAUUAACUAUUCUACCAAAUGAUCAAGAAAUGAAAGCUUAUCGUGAAUAUGAGAAAGCCAGGAAACAGAUAGAUUUAUUAUCUGAUGAAGAUAAGUUUAUGUUACAGUUAGCUAAAGUAGAGAGAUUAUCACAGAAACUAACUAUAAUGAGUUUUGUUGGUAAUUUUUAUGACAGUUUGCAUCAUUUACAACCACAAGUUAAUGCCAUCAUCGCAGCUUCCAUGUCUUUACGAAAUUCACAGAAGUUACGGAAAAUGAUGGAGAUUAUUUUAGCGUUUGGUAAUUAUAUGAAUAGUUCUAAGAGAGGAGCUGCGUAUGGUUUUAAAUUACAGAGUUUAGAUAUGUUGAUAGAUACUAAAUCUGGUGAUAAGAAAGUUACUUUGAUGCAUUUCCUUGUACAGACGAUACAAGAUAAAUUCCCUGAUGUUAUUAAUUUCGACAGUGAAUUACGCUUUAUUGAUAAAGCUGCUCUUGUAUCAAUGGAGAAUAUUACAACUGAUAUACACGAGUUAGAGAAAGGUUUCACUUUAACCAAGAAAGAAUUCCAGGCUCGUAAAGAUUCAAGAGAUGCUCCAACGCUACUCAAAGACUUUCUUGCCAACUCGGAAGAAAAAUUCCAUAAAUUAGAAACCGAUGUUAAAACAGCACAGGAUGCAUAUAAAAGAGUUGUUGAAUAUUAUGGAGAAAAUUGUAGAACUAUGUCACCUACCACUUUCUUCUCUCAGUUUGUUCGAUUUGUAAAUGGUUUUAAACAAGCUGUUUUAGAUAAUGAGAGAAGGAAGAAAUUAGAAUUUGGUAUUCCAGAAGCAAUCAACAAGGUGAAUAAACCAAAAGCGAAAAAGAUAACACAGGAGGCUAUGGUAUCAGAGUUAAAGAACAGAAAUAGACAAAUAAAAGAAAAGAAAUUAUUAAAUAAAGAUGAAGUGUAUCAUGGUGCUUUAGAAGACAUUCUUUUAGAUUUAAAGAAUGAACCUUACAGAAGAGCUGAUGCUGUGAGACGGAGUCAGAGAAGAAGAGUAGAAAAUUUAGUACAAGUUCCAACGCGUAGUGAAGCUUUUUAGUUCUAACUUGUAGACUUUUACAGAUAAACCAACCAAUUCAGUUUAUUCAUGAUCAACACACGGGGGACGUAAACUAUUAUCGGUUCUCUUCAUCAAGUCAGAGUUUAUAGUACGAACUAGAAAUAUAUCCAUUGUGAAAGAUAAACUGAAGUGCCAAUAUAUCUUUGGAAAGUGUUUCAAUUCUGGAUAUAAAAGUAAGAAGCUUGACUGGUGAACAGUUCUUAUCAGACAAUAUUAGUUAUAAGAUGAACAGAUAACCAGUGUAACAGUGCUAUUUGCUCAGUAACAAUGUGUCAGUUGUCUUUGCUUCAUUAGAACAAAAAUCAAUAUACCCCAAUCAGAACUGAAGUGUAGCGACAAAAAAGUGCUAUGCAAAUGAAAAAAGAAAUGUCUACCAAUGAUUAUUACAAAAAUGUUGGAUGUUUUAAUUGAAUAUUUGCGUGAUCAUGACAUUUGGGAGCUUUAUUCAGCACAUAGAAAGCUUUGCAAACUUAACAUUGUUUUCUAAUCUAACAAUAUGUCCCCCGUUACAUUUAUGUACUACUAUAAUAUUAUUAGGAUUGAAAAGGUUGGCCUAGUAAAUUGUAUGUGCUUUUGGUUUGUGUCUUCCAUAUAUAUCAUAUUCUAUAUUAUUACUAAUGUGAACAUAUUAUAAUAUCAUUAAUUACACACAUGAACUCAUUAUUAGCUUUUUAACAAUUCAUCAAUUCAUAAUUUAAUUUUAUUUUUAAAAUAUUUUAUAUUAUUGAUAAGAUUUUUUGUCGCAAAGAAUAUGCUCCAUGUUUUAAAAUAAUUUUACUUGUAUGUAAGACAGUUCUAUGUACAUGUACCAGAAUUUAUUUUAUUUAACAAAUUAUUUUGUGGAUUAAAAAUAAAAAUGGGGAAAUAUGAAUAUUAGGUAAACUAGGUAAUUUUAAUUUUUUUUUAAAAGAAAUCUGAAUUUUCUCUACAUUUAUUAAUUUAGUUGCUCAACAAUCUUCCUACUAGCACAAUUGCUCAAAAUUCAAUGCAUAAUAUUUAAAGUAGCGAAUGUCAUACGUUUAUUUAAUUUAUUAUUCUUUUAGUCCCAGUGAAAUACAUGUAACAUUUCAAUGAUUCAUCAUUCUAUGUUUUUAAGUAAAUAAAUGCAUUCCUAGAUUUUAUUAGAUACUGCUCACAAACUAUUCAUGGGGUUACCAAAUUUUACAACCAAUUAUUAUGUGGUCCAAAUUUUAGUAUGUCAUACUUUUUGAAAACAUUUUCUUCUUCAUUUCAAUUUAGAUUUUAGUAGAUGUAUGUUAGAGAUUGAUAAGAAAUUUUAAUUUUAUUAGUACAUGCUCAUGAAGUCUGAAUGCUCAGCCUUUCUCAAGCACUGCUGUAGUGCUGCUCAUUGCAGUGAUUGAACCACUGUACAUGUAAAUGAUGGGGGUACACAUUGAACCAUUGUAAUUGAUGGGAUAUUACCCGGUAAUUACAUGUAACUGUAACUCUGGAAAUGAUGAGGGGGUAAAAAUUGCUGUCAUCACCAUGCUGUAAAUUAUCUGUUAGACAUUGCACCACUGUAAAUGAUGCAGUACAGACAUUUCAGUUAUUGGACCACUCUACAAAUUGCGCCACUUGAUGAGGUAAAAAUUGCUGUCAUGGCACCACUGCAAAUGAUGUUUUAGACAUUGCACCGUAGUAGAAGAUGUGCUACACAUAUAGUGUCACUGUAAAUGAUGAUUGCACGCUAGCUAGUAGUAGAAUAGAACACAUACCAAAAGCACAUAGACCUGAUUAUAAAGAUAGAUUAUUUAAUUUGUAAAUACUAGAAAUAACUGUAGAUAUGUGUUAUAGAUAAGGUAUUCUCUGUACAUGUCUAGCUUUUAAUAUGCCUUAUUCUUAUUUUACUGAAAUUCAUAUUUCAACAAUCCAAAACAUGUCCGUGGUUCAUUUGUUCUUAAAUCUAAAUCAUCAUCUUGUACUUGCAGUGACGUGGGGCUUUAUCUUGAAAUUGUUUUUAUGAAAUUCUUCAUUUAUUUUUUUGAUUCAGUUUAAUUGAAUUAAAAUAGAAGUGGAUUUCAUGUUUUCAGUUUAUUCAAUAUUUCCACAAAUAUAAGGUUUAAGCACAAAAUUUGCUUUCCAGUCGAUUUAUGCAUUUUUUUUUUAUUUAUUAAUUUUAGAUAUGAAUAUGGCCUUAACCCUUAACAUUUUUCAGAAAACUUAAAACGUGGGUUAUAUUUUUUUUUUCUAGAACGUGACAGCCUAUUUCUUUCUUAAUCGUCAUUUUAAAUUUGUAAUUCGUUAAAUUGACAGCAUGAAAUCUGCUGAAAAUGUUUGGAUUGACUGAAAUAAUUAUACGAGAUGUUAACUCACCGUCACUGGUAUGGAGUAUUUUUAUUCGGUUGUACAUUAUUAUAUGUUAAUGUACAUAACAUAAAUAUAAACCAUGUCAUAUUGAUGUGAACAUGAUAUAUCUUUUAUUACUUAUAUCUCAUCCGAUCAUCGCCUAAUAAAGACAUACAUGUAUAAUCUCAUUGUCUAUUGUUGGAACUCUUUGUUAAUAUAGUAUGCUAAUGUUUCAUCAUUAAGAUUUGUCAGCUGAUAUCGUCCAUCUACAUUUAAGAGAAAAAAGGUACAAAAAGAAUUUGUAAAUUAUAAUUAUAAAAAGGGGGUCAUCUUAAAUCCCCAAUAAAAGUAAUGCAAUCAGAAACGAGAUCAGCUUAAAUUGAUCCUGGAAUUAAUGUGAUCCAAAAGAAAGUCAACUUUAAUUCUUAUUGAAAGGAAUUCAAUGUACAAUUCUUUUGAACAAAAUUCAUUUUUUAACUUGCAUUACUUUCUUGUUCUACAGUAGAUAUUAAACCUAAGAAAUCAUUAUAAAUUAUAAUAAGACCAUAUUUAAUAUGGUAGGUGGGGUUUGAACUUGAACACAGCUUUUCUUUUAAAAAAUAAAUAUUUUAAGGCCGAAAAAAACAAAAACAACAUAUCUUGGCAGUAAUCAGAGAUUUUUUAGCCAGUUUUCGGUCAAUUUUUGUUAAAAUUUGGGCAAUUUUACACUUACAGCCCCGCUAUGUUCUAGUACACCUAUGUGAUAUAUUCCUAGACGGAAUACACAAAAAUGAGUAACAUUGUAUUUUAUAUUAGUACCAUGAUUUGACCAUUCUAUAUUAUUCUCUAGUAAAAGUUAUGGGCUGAGCAGUACAUGUACCAUUGUUGAACUGACAAAAAGUUCUUGAAAUAUUUCCCUAUUAAUUCUUAAUAUAAUAAAAAUCAGUUGAGAUAUUAACUUAGUUGGUCUGUUUCAAGUUUAUCAUCCGGGUAUAUAAAGAUAGAUUAUAUUUUUUAGGAAGAAAUGUAAUUAAAAAGUUAUUUUAUCACAGUUUUAAUUGUAAAUUUGAUCAAUUACUGUUUAAUUAGUUUUACUUAAUUAAUCAUUGGUGAAUAUAUAUUGAAUGACACCUAUAUAAACAUAUUCUAUCCUUUUAUUUUGACAAUUUGUUAAAUAACUUAUUUCUUAUUGUUUUAUUGUAAUCAUAUGUUAUUAAAUUAUCUAUAUGUAUCUUUUUUUUUACGACAAAUAAAACAUCAAUAUUUCAAUGAUGUAAUGUUUUAACUUUUGCAUUUAUUGCUCUACUUAUUAUUUUAUUUUGAAAAAAUCCAUGCAUAUGGAGAACAAAUAUUAAUGAAUUUAUAUUUAAUACAAAAUUUCUUUUGUUACUUAAAGCAAAAGUGAUAUAAAUUUUAACACAGAUUUAAAAGAUAUAUUCCAAUGAAUAAUUAAGUUCUACAAUAAUUGUAGAUGUAGUGUAUUACUAUUAAUUUUUUUCUGUUAAUUAGCGGUUGCUCAUUUUAAUAAUUAAAAACUAAUUACGCUAUGCAUCAAAAUAAUUCCGAACAUUUUACAGAUUAUUUUAUGGAUUUCGGGGUUUUCUUGUUUUCAAAUUUAUAUUUUUAAGGAUCUUUGGGGACUAUUUACAAUUCUUUUCAUGCUUUUUGCCAAUCAUUAUAAUGUUAGAUUUUUUUUUUCCUUCUCUCCAUAUUUUGCUAGUCCUGGCCCCAAGAUCAUGAGAUCAGGUCUGUGGAGGGCUCAAGGUAAAUAAAUAAUUCAAAACAAUAGAAAAUUUUCCUUUUCAAAUCUUUUGCCAACACAGUCCAAUAAAUGUGUGUAUGCUGUUGUAUAUUUUAAGGCAUAGGAGAGAGUUUUAAAUUGGGAGUUUUAUGAUCUUGGGGACCCGAUUAUAUUUUAAGCUAUAUUGUAGAAAGAAAUAGAGUCAAUUAUUAUUCAUAGUUCAUUUGUUUUUAUCAUUUUGUUUUUAUUGUGUUAAUUUGUGGUUUCUAUUUAAUAAUAUAUGUAUCAUUUUUUUGGAAUGACCUGUCUUUUGGUACUGUGUUAUGUUUUAUGUAAAUAGAAUUAGUCUUUAAUUAAGAGACACUGGUUUAUUUUUACUUUAUAUUAUUUUGAUUUAUUUAACCAAAUGUUGGUUUUAAUAAGAAUAUGAUGCAUUUUGUCAUAACAGAAUGUUCAGUUUAAAAGUUCAUGCCUUGAUAUUCACCAAAUAUGAUCACUCACUUUUAUUUGUAAUUUACCAAGAAAUAGACAAAAAAAUUAAAUUUACAUUGUGUUAAAUUAUUUAUACUAUUUUAAAAUUGUACAGAUUAAUUGCAAGACAAUUGUUAUCAAACCAACAUUUUUUUUAAAUUUACAAAUGAAUAAUAUAGGUAUAAAACAAGCCAUGUUCUUUAAUAAUGGUAUAUGAUAGCAACUGUUUAUUAUUGUACAAUGAUUCUAUACAUAUACCUGUACUGACCAUCAUCAACAACUUGUAUAACCAAGCCAACCUAUUUUUAUUCUGUAUUAUGUACGUAAUGUCAGUUGAUGUUUUCAUCACAUCAACAAUAAAAUAUAGGAUUUA